AUGAGCGCCUCCGAGGACUCCCAAGCCGACCGCCACUACGAACGAUUGGAGGAGACUCGUCGGCGAGCAAUCAAAAUCGAGAACGAAAUCAAUCGCGCUCUCGGACAAGCUAAAUCUCGCGAAGGUCUCGAAGAGGCGCUCACGAUUGCGCUUCAGUUCCAAUCGGUCUUGAUCGAGUUGAACAGACGAGAGGCGGAAAGGUGUUAUCAGGAGGUUCACGUCGAUAAGCUGAUAAAGCUCGAGGCACAGAAGCAAUUGAAGAGACUGCAGAAAGAGGAGCUGGUACAGGGAGUCGAGAGACGGAAGCAGCUCAAGAAACAGGAGCCUCGACACUGA